CCAUUCCACAGUUAAUCUUGAACACUAUAGACACACAAAAUUGUUAGCGGGAAACCAUUGUUAUUUUGUUUAGUUGCAGUCAUGCUGGUAGUGCAAGUGUUGACUGCCGUGUUGGCCCUUUCAUGUUAUUGUGAUUGUUCAGCAUACGGGCAGAAUGUUCUUUAUAUUGAUACAUCAUCAUCCUCUUCUCCCAGAAAUGUUUUCUCCACACUUAAAUCGGAACCACCGACAACACCGGCCGCUUGCCAAGGCUUUCAAUGUAGUGACGGAUUGACUUGCCUGGACGAUGCCUCUGGGCAGUGCGACGGAUGGGCCGACUGUCUCGACUUCUCCGACGAGUUGAACUGCCCACAACCACAUACAUCAGGACCUGAACCGUGCCUGGCCGGCGAGUUCCAGUGCAAGAUCGAUAAGACUUGCAUCGCCAUUACUCAGCGCUGUGACGGCCGAGAGCACUGCCAAGACGGAAGCGACGAAAUCGGAUGCCCUUGUGCCAAGGAUGAGUGGAAAUGCAAUUUCGGCUCCUUCAAGCAACAGCACGUUGAAACAGACGAGAAAAAAGACGCGAAACAACACCACGAUCACCACAAAGCGGCGGUUGCUCAAAAGAAAAGUCAAGUUGUUGUCAGAGCCAACUUAAAGCAACUGGAACCGAACCAUAAGAAGCACAACAACAACAACAAUCACAAGAGCAACCACAGCAAGAAAAACCACAAGAAAGUUCCGGCUGUGUUGAAAAUUAACGACGAUGAUGAAGACUUGAUGUUGGGCGAUGGAUCAGCAGAAGACGGAGAAAUUAUUCUUCCAUCACCUAUUUCUCCAGGUGGAGCUGGAAUGGGCACACGACAGAUGUACCGGUGCUCGUUGCUGGUUCAGGAGCCGUACAAUGAGAAGCUGGGCGACCGAGACAGCAGCGAUUUUAGUGAAAUGGCGAACCGUUUCAACAUUGCCGUUGAUUAUCUUUACCUGCACGUAUCCGGCACUCAGACGACCAAUGUCCAAACAUUCGAACGGACAAGUCAACGACAGUUGACCAAAGUCAAUUUCGAUAUCGAAUCGCAAGAUUUUGACGAUGUGAAAGUCACCGAGUCGACUCUCUGUUCAGCCGUGCAAAACGGCGUAAUUGGGUCAUUCUACGUCGAGUCUGAUGAGGGAUUCACGUUCCGAGUCGUCGAAGGUUCCGCCAUUAGUCCACUUCCAUCUCCUCCUGAGUAUCCAGACGAUUGUGAGAUUCAAUGCAAAUCGGAUGGCCAAUGCAUCACAUUGGAGCAGCGUUGCAAUGGCUUCGACGACUGCGAAGAUGGAUCCGAUGAGGAAGGAUGCCCGCCGGACUUAUUUCCUCAACCGGGAGAUUCUGAUUCAGCACCGGAAGAGCUGGACUGCCGUGGCGACAUCAAAACCAAAUGCCGAGUACCCAACGGUUUAUCUUAUUCUGAGGAACCGCAGUGCGACGGAAUCGUCAACUGUCCAGAGUGCGACGACGAGGAGGAUUGCUACGGUUGCUCCGUUGCGUGGACCAACACCAACCGUCCAGCACCGACGACGACGACAACAACAACAACAAUAACAACUACAACGACGACCCCAGAGCCGCCACCCGUUGGUUGCCAAGAGGACGAGUUCAGUUGCGAUGGCCGGUGUCUGCCCUUUUCCGUUUUCUGCGACGGUCAGGCCGACUGUUUAGACGGAGAAGACGAAAUUGAUUGCCUCGUCACAGGCUUGACCCCGCCAUGUCCGUGGUCCAAUUCUUUCCGCUGCGGCGACGGCUCCUGCAUCGACGCCAGCACUCAGCGGUGCAAUGGCGUCGCCGAGUGCGCCGACUCCUCUGACGAAGCCGACUGCGUUAUUCAUGACAUGAUGACGACUGUAACAAUAAAUAUUGGAGCUGGCCAAAACUUGAUCAGUUGUAACUCGGCAUCAGAUCCGACUCUUGCGAUAGUUUGUGGCGUUGUCUUCCCAAUUCUAGCGCUCGCAAUUAUUUUCUCUGUUGUGCUAAUUCGUAAAAGUCAAGGGUAUGUAUACGUACGAUAUGUUAAGAAAUCAAGACUUUUAUCAAUAUUUUCUUUCGCAGACUCUCUGUUUUGGCUCCAACCGCAAAUCUUCAUUCGCCACAGUGUAAUAUAGGUCCAAAUAUGAUUGUAAAUUGUGAGGUGAAAAAAUCGGUUCGAUCUGUAUCCGUAUGAAAUGUCAAUUAUUUUUUAUUUAAGUCCGUGUCAAAUAAGUGUCAUGUACGUAUUAUGUGAAACUACAAAGCAUAUAAUAUAUACUAUUCUCCUCGUUAAAUUUUUAAACGCCUUCAACGUUUUGGCUUUCAGUUGCUUGUAACAUAUGGAUGGGUUGUAAUAGAAUAUAAAAUGUAAAUUCACUUGAGAUGCCGCGUAAUACACCGCAACAUAUUAACAGCAGUCAAAGAAGAAAAAAAUAUUUAUCAUUGCUUACAAUUGAUUGUAGGAAUAACAACAGAUGCCCAAAAGAUUACACUGCUUAAUUUUGGUUUUGAUCAGGUUUUGAUUUAUCAAUGAUACCGACAGUAGUAGGCCUACAUCAUCAUCUGCCGACAAACAUUCUUCAGUUUUUUGUUGUUGUUGAUGU